ACACUUUACCAUACCUAUCUUGUGAAAUCCGAAAUCGGUUCGGUGCUUGAACUUUAAAGAUAUUCUAGAAACGCAGUCGUAAUGGAGCAAUUCAAGGGUCUGCAAAAAUCUCUAUAUAUAUGGACGGAUAGUGCCGAUCUAGACAAGCGUGUGGAGCAAUUGAAAACAGCCACCGGAGGAGAUGUGGCUCUCGAAAAUGUACACCGCUUGUCAUUUUCAUCCUAUGCCAACUCCAGUUUCGACCUGAUUGUGAUCGAGUGCGCCCAGCUGACCGACAAUUACGUAAAGCUGCUGCACAUGCUGAAACCGAGUGGAAAACUCCACUUGGUGUCUUUCAUAGGACCGGCGUCUAGUCUGCUCCAGGAGGUUAAGUUGUCGGGAUUUAUCAACUGUCGUGAAGACUCGCAGGAUGCCCUGACCGCAGAAAAGCCUGGCUAUGAGACGGGAUCUUCGGCCAGACUGUCCUUCGCCAAGAAAAAUUCGAGUGCCUUGAAUGUCUGGAAGAUAAGCGGCGAUGAUGAGGAACUAAUCGAUGAGGAGGAGCUGCUAGAUGAGGAGGACAAACAAAAGCCAGACCCGGCUGGUCUGCGCGUCUGCAGCACCACUGGAAAGCGCAAGGCCUGCAAGAACUGCUCCUGCGGUUUGGCCGAGGAACUGGAGACUGAAAAACAGAGUCAGAAGGCCACUGAGAACGCAAAGUCCAGUUGCGGAAAUUGCUAUCUGGGCGAUGCUUUCCGCUGCUCCACUUGCCCCUACCUGGGCAUGCCCGCCUUUAAACCUGGCGAGAAGGUGCAACUGGGUGGCAACCUACUGAAAUCCGACAUAUAGCUUAGGCUCACCAUGAUACACCCAAGCAAUCAAUCACAUUUCAAAUAGUUUAUUAAGCUGACUUACUAACAAACAAUAAUGUCAUAAUGUAAAUACAAAAAUGCACCGCGUCAUAAA